AUGCCGGCGAGAAGUCAACAAAUACUAGAUAUGAUAUCACUGCUCGAGAAACAGCCUUGUGAUGAUUGUGGAAAGCAGGGCAUCGAAUGGGGAUCACUCAACAUGGGCAACCUUAUUUGUGCAGAUUGUUUUCUUUGUCAUUCAUGGAUGGGGUCAUCGCAUAGCAUGGUAAGGCAUCUUCGUAACGGAGUCAUUGAUGACGAACAAAUAACUUUGCUAUUUGCUCUAUACAGGUAUAAUGUCAACAAAAUUUGGGAAAACACCUAUGUCCCAGGAUCGAGUAAACCAGAGAAACCAGGACCUCACUCAUCAUCAUCAGCAAGAAAUGAUUUUAUAAUCGAGAAAUACGUAAAAAUGUCCUUUGCUCCCAAAAAGGAAAAAUAUAGCGAAAAUCUUGAUGAGCAACUUUUUGCUUGUGUUCGUGGCGACUUUGUUCAUAUAGCACUGAGAUUAAUUGCACUGGGUGCUGAUGUAAACUAUGUUGGAGAAAACGGCGAUACGCCAAUGCACGUUGCUGCAAGUAAAGGAAUGGCUAAACAAGUCGAGCUUCUUUUCUUAUACGGAGCCUAUACAAUGCGACCCAAUAAUGCUGGUGUGAUGCCUUUCAUGGCGGCACGUGAAGCUGGAUUUCCCGAGCUCGCUGAUCGCAUCUUCUCCUUCCAGUAUUACUGUUUUGAUCGGUUUUCGUUAUACUUGUGCAAUAUGAAGCCAAAUCAUACGACCGAUCAACAUUAUAUUAUUCCGGAGCACACUGUUAAGAAUAUUUCGAAAGAGAUUGAACACUAUGGCAAAAGACUUCAGGCAAUUUCUCAACCCGUUUUCUGGGAGUUACUUAGUGACGUUUACGAUGAGAUUGUGCGACGUGAAAAUAAGGAGUUGUGGAUCAGCUAUAAGAAACGGACAAAUCGCUCGGAAGAUCGUGCGGAACCCGGUAUGAUGUUUCUUGUGGGAUUACGAGACUCCUCGAUGUUUCGCAGUCAGCGCAGGCAAAAACUCGCGAAAUACUCACAUUGCCAACUUUGUGUAUUUAUUAUCGAACUCUUAAAGGAGCAAAAGAGACGAGAUUAUAACCACCGCGAUUCUAAUAGUAUUCAUGGUGAACCGAAAGCAUUGGCAAAUUUCAAAGAGAAGACGAAUUCAUUUCUGGAUGAGAGCACAGAGUUUCAGAAAAUGGAUUUGAAAAGAAGCACUUCUGAUGUUGCCGCAAUUGAAGAGAAUGAUUAUAGAUCGAUUGAUUCAUUUAUCGAUUCUGUUCCACCAGGAAAACGAUUAGACCCCACAAACCUACUUGACGAAAUUUUGGAGUUGAAAGAACGGAUUUCUGUUUUGGAAGGCGAGAAUAAUUACCUAAAGGAAGAAAAUAUAAAGAAAACUCGACUGCUUAAUGAUGUCCAAGCUCAGAAUUCAAACUUCAAUUCUGAAUUAGUUUCAAUUCGGGAGGAGAUUGCUCGCCUUAGCCGAACACAAAUGAAUAAACGAUUGCAAUCGCCAAUGUCAACGACUGACGAUCAGUUUAGCUUUGUUUCUGGUCCUGGAUUGAGCAGGCGCGACAGCGAAGAGCGCACUGAGUGUGGCGGAGCACGUUGGAGGUCAAAUUCGAGCGAUCGUCGCAAUUCGAAUACUCGCAGAGGGGAGAUUCAUCAUGAAGUGAAGGUGCAGCAUGUUCGCCCAGAGCCAUCAAUAGGCUCACCUGUUUCAAGUACAAGAGCACUAAGAAAUCCCGAUUUUGUCGAUCCAGUUUACUGCACGAUGGAAGAGGUUGCUGAUAAGGGUAACAAGGUUAACCAUGCCAUACGAGCUUUAGUUCAACAAGUUAACCUUGGGAAUAUGGAGCUUACUGCGCGAGAAUGCGCCAAGGAUGUCUCCAUUGCAACCAAUCGAUUCAUCACUUGCCUUCCAACUUGGACUGGCUUUAAUAAAAUCAAAAAUCUAAUGGACUCGAUUGCUAUGCUGAAUGCGAAAUGCAAUUCACCAGUUCUUGUUGCCGAAGAGAUAAACGACGCUGCAAAUUUUGUUGCUGAUUGCAUGUAUCAAUGCAUUCUCGAUGCUAAGAGAAACGGAUAG